ACAUAACCUUUAUUUGUUUCAGUUUAUUUCAAUCGUAUUUAUAAUAUUGAUAUGAGAUUUGUACGUUGUGUAAUAAAGCAUAUUUUCUAAUAACAAUUGAAAUAGAAUAUAUUUUUUGUUUUUUGUUUUCUUUUUCUGAAAUUAAGAGGAAAUAUCAAUUAUCUUUUACAUUAAAAGAAAACUUGUUAAUAAAUAAUAAUGGAAGAUUUUAUACCAACCAAAGUUUCGAAAGUAAAAAAAGAUGCAGUUAAAGAUUUUUUUUCGGCUACUUACAUAGCUCCAAAGAAAGCAUCGAAAUCGUCGAAUGAUAUCGAUAAAAAAGAUGAAGUAGACGUAGAGACUGAUAAUAGGGACGAGUUUUCUGAUGCAAAAGGUAAUUCGCAGCUAGAUCGAAGGAAGCAACAAGAAUUAGAAAUGAAAAAGGCUAGAUACGAUGUUAUCAAGUUUGGUAUAUCCGGUUUCGAAAGUUCUAAGGCCAAAGAAGCAAAAGUAGAACUAGCAAUAAGAUUAGGUGCAAAACCUCCAAAAAAUAAAAGUUUAAAUUAUAAAGUUUUGAAAGAUGAAAGGAAAAAAGAAGCUGAAGCAGCCAAAAACAAAGAACCGAUAUCAGGACUUAGUAAAAGUUUAAUGAAACAUAAAAGUAGGACAAAACAAAAGAAAAAUUCGGGUAUUUUAGGAAUGUAUGGAAAAGUACACAAAGAUGCACUUGUUAAAAAUAAGAAGUAGAUUUAUAACCAUAAACAUUUAAAAUAUCUUUUGUUAACUCAUCGUUGUCAUUAUAACAUCAAUCAUCUAUGUCUAACAACGUCCUCUAUAUAUUGUAUAUUAUGUAAGAAGAAUAACGAGUAAUAAAAUAAUAUUUUUAUGUAUGUUCUUGGAUCAAUCCAAGCAAACUUCGAGCAUCGAUAAAACGGUAUUUUUGUUUCUGUACGUACAUUAAAAAUAUAUUCUCACAUGUACAUUUUAAAUAUGCCACAGUGGAAUGAUAAAAUCUUUAAAAAAUCAUUUUCGAUGUUUUAUAUUGGAAUCAAUCGAAAGCAGCUGCGGUUGGCGCCACCUCUAAUAACAUUUGAAGAAAAGCAUUUACUCCUUCUGAAAUAACAAUUAACGACAAAAAUUUUAAUAUCAAUUAGAAUCAUAUAAUUUAUUUGUCAAAGUGUUUAGGCAGAAAUAUUUUAUCCUUAUAAAUAUAGAAACAAAAAUAUAAUUAUAUUAGAAAAUCAUUCACUCACCCAUAAAUUUCGGCACGUAACCAUAUUUCACAAAAGGUAGAUAAACAAACAUGCCUGCGAAAAUAAAUCCGGUUGCAUAUAAGUACUCGAUUUGAGGCUUGUCGAUGAUGGGUGCCACUAUCAGGUACGCAGAGAUUACAAGUACAAGUGCAGGUAUGAUCAAGGGACAUUUGUAAGGUCUUGGAUGAUUUGGUCUUGUUCUUCGCAUCACCAACAAAGCUAGCAUUGAUCCACCAUAGAAAAUCCAAGCGGUAAAGGAAAAGAAAUCAAUUAAGGAAUCUAUAUUUCCAGAAACGACCAUUGCACCUGUACAAAGUGGAUUAGCAUAUGCGAUUGUAUUUGGUUCUUGAUAUUUUUAAUACUAAUUUUUAUGAUGUAUCGUUAUACCUGCAACGAUAGAAUGAAAUAUAAGGCCUGGCGCAGGCGUAAAACGGCGUACAUGUACAUAACUUAAGCAAUCGAGCAAGUGUCCCUCUCUGGAUGCAGCAAAACAAAGUCUACCUGCCGCAAAAAGAGUUCCAUUGGCGGAACCAAAAGUACUAAUAGCAACCGAUAAA